AUGUACGAAGUUUCGUGCUUUUCCCGUUUAAAAACGAGUGACCCUCUAACCCUCAUCAACAGCACAAUGGCAAGCAGAAAAAACAUAACCGCAAGAAAAAGAGCAUCGGGCAUGACAAAUGAGAAAGAAAGUACAAAGGAAAACACCAACAGGAGAACAAGGGACACAAAAAAAUACGAGGAUGAUAACAGUGAAACAAAGAGCGCUGAUGAUAUGUACGGGCAUACAGACCUGCAGUAUUCGACGCACUGUGCCUCUGAUGAGACUGCAAAUUCCCUUUCACAUGACAGUAGAGAAUCGUUCAGUUCCGAGCGAGUGCAUGCGUAUGAUCAUGAGAGCAUGGAUGCUCGUGCAUGUUCUGGAAGAGUGAUGGAGUACAUCGAGCGUUAUAAAGUUAAUCCACAGGGCAUUACUAUGCCACAGCACGUGGUGCAGACGAACAGUAAGCCUAUUUACAGCCAGCUGAUCGAUCCUAAGGAUAAGACUUGGUGGUCUGAAACAGAGGUAGAGUACCUCAGAAAGGGCGUGCUAAUGUUUGGCUGCGGUCGCUGGACAAGAAUAUACAAAACGUACAAGGAGUACUUUCAAAAAGGUAGAAGACCGUGCGAUUUGAAGGAUAAAUAUCGGUUGCUCACCAAGAGCACAAGUUACCGUACAAGGACACUCAGCUCGUUCGUUGAGGUCGAUGCCAACAGUAAAAAGGUUGACAACACGGUGUAUAGGAAGAUGUUUCCCCACGAGGUUGCUCACGAAAUUGCCAGGCUGAAGGGCAGGGAUGAUAUGAUCAUUUGUCUGGCUAAUGAAGCAAGUUGGAACGAUUCUCUGGGUAGGUAUUACAAGAUACACAAGUACUUGGUGAGCGUGAUUGAGGGAAAGAUGAGGGUGAACAAAGUUAUUGAGAGGAAAGGAGAUUAA